AUCAUUGACUAUGUCAUUUCAGACCGGCCAGCAGGCCCAAUCCUCCUCGUCAUCAGAGCCACUACAACCGUGUAGGCGAUUUACAAUUUCUGAGAUUCAGAUAGCAACCCAGAACUUUGAUGAGUCGUUGGUGAUUGGGAGUGGGGGUUUUGGGAAAGUCUACAAAGGAACAGUCGCUAAUGAGGGAAGUCUUUUGGAUGUUGCCGUUAAGCGGCUGGAAGCAACUUCUAAUCAAGGAGCAGUGGAGUUUUUGGCUGAAAUUGAGACGCUUUCUAAGUUAAGGCACUGCCACUUGGUGUCUUUGAUUGGUUACUGUAAUGAUGGGCAAGAGAUGAUCCUUGUUUACCAAUAUAUGCCUCAUGGAACCCUUGCACAUCAUCUCCACAAACUUGGAACUCCUCUAUCAUGGGUGCGAAGACUCAAAAUAUGCAUUGGAGCCGCACGUGGGCUACAUUACCUUCACACAGGCACGGGUAUAAAUCAUGGAGUUAUACAUCGGGAUGUGAAGAGCUCAAAUAUACUGUUAGAUGACUGUUGGGAAGCUAAGAUUUCAGACUUCGGCUUAUCUAAAAUAGGUCCAACAAAUCAGCCAUGCACCUCCGUCAGCACUUUGGUGAAAGGCACAUUUGGAUAUCUAGAUCCAGAUUAUGUAUUUACUGGUCGGUUGACGAGAAAGUCUGAUGUGUAUGCUUUUGGGGUGGUAUUGUUUGAGGUCUUAUGUGGAAAACAAGCAGUGGAUAGAAGUCUUGAUGAGGAGCAAUGGAGUUUGGCGAGAUGGGCUCAAGACUCCAUCAAAGAAGGUAUGCUAAAGCAGAUCGUUGAUACUAAUCUAAAGGGGAGAAUAUCCCCUAAAUCAUUAAAGGAGUUUGCACGACUAGCAGACUGGUGUUUGCAGAGCCAUGUAAAGCAACGUCCUACGAUGGCUGAGGUUUUGGUGGGUCUUGAGUCUGUCCUAGCCUUACAGGAGAAAAGCAACAUUAUGUUGCAGCCUGCAGGCAUGACAAUAUUUGGUAGAAAGGUACCGAAGCUUAUUUUCCCAUCCAAUUGGGAAAACUCGGUUGAAGGUAGAAGUUUAAAAUCCUUGGAUAUAUACCUUUAUACAGUUGGAGGUGAAAACCGAAUAUUACGCCGUUUUGAUUUUGAUACUAUCAAUGUUGCAACUGAGAGCUUCUCCAAAUUAAUGUUUCGACAAUCAGUUGGUGACAUGUACAAGGGAAGGCUACAAAAUGGCCAAGAUAUAGCAAUUCUUGAACGGAGUGGUUCCUUUUCCUUUAGCAAUUAUGAAUGUGAGAUGAAUGAAGCAUCAGCACUCGUAAAGCUUGAACAUAAGAAUUUGGUUCAGUUGCUUGGAUAUUGCAUUGCAGGAACAAAAGUGUACUUCCUCUAUGACAUUGCAUUGUAUGCAAAUCUAAAUGACUUGAUACAUGGUCGUGCUCCCUUGGAUUGGGUUGAGCAGUACAAAAUAUUACUAGGUGUUGCUCAUGCACUUGUUUACCUUCAUAAGCAUGCUUCCAUUCGGGUCAUGCAUGCAGAUGUAAACCUUCACAACAUUUUUCUAGAUGAACGUUUGGUUCCCAAACUGUCUGGGUUUUGGUUCUCAAGAUGUUCCAAAGUCAAUGAGCCUGAUUGCAUUGCUGUUCAUGCGAUUUGUGGGACCUGCAGAUUCAUGGCACCCGAGUAUGCUCUACAUGGCUGUUUGUCAACCAAGGCUGAUGUCUUCAAUUUUGGUUUCUUGGUUUUACAAGUGGUAUUUUGGAGUACAUCACUCUGGAGGUUGGUUGAAGUCCCCCACCAACUUGGAGAAAGGGACUGGAUUGAUUCGUUGGCAGCAAUGUCUCCACGUGUAGGUGUUGCUAACUUGAGUUCAAUAUCAAGAUUCAUCCGCGUUGCGUUGUUGUGUAUUCAAGAAGAUGCAAGUGACAGACCAAGUAUGGAUGCAGUUAUUGGCAUGUUACUUAACAACUCUUCUCAUUCUAUCCCUCUUCCCGGAAGACCACCGUCGCUAUGGUGGACAAGAGGUUUUUCAUAUAAUACAGAGUAUGAUGCUGGGGCAGUUGAGGAGUUUGAAUUUGAGCCUGAUGACUACGAUGUUGAGGCAGUUGAGGAGUUCAAAUCAGAGCUAAUCCCUCGCUAGUAGCGUCUUGCAGGUAUUCUCUCCGUAUUCAACGGCACUCUGACAAAUAGGCAGGAAGAGAUAAAAAGAUCAUAUUGUGUCAAAGUUCAGCAAUGCUUUGAUAUUAUAUUAUAUUAUAUUAUAAAGCAUUUGAUUCAAAGUCUUAUUAACAUCACCUGAAUAGCGUGUUUCUUAGUUGUAAUUUGUGUAGGAUGCUUUCUAGCAAUGCCCAUCCAAAUCUAUAGACAUUAUAGUUUGCCAAAUCUUUACCGAUUCGUCCUUGUAUCAAAUUCUAGCAAUUUUACUAUGUCCUCCGCUUGUUUCACUCCA